AUGCCUCAGGAUCUCGACAUAGCGUCCAUCUGCGCCGAAAUCGCUCGGUCGUACUCGCCCUGCGACGUCUCCGACGCGCUGUUGAAACUCCAUGUCCCUUGGGCCGGCUACCUUCGCGACAUCUCGCCCAUCCCCGCUCGCCAUGGCUCCAGCAACCGCCUCGUGGCCCCCAUCAGCACAGUGGUCUUCGUCGACACGGCCCACGCGCCAGGCACGCAGUAUGACGGCAUAAUCGUGCCCCCGGAGUCCAAUCUCCCAAAUGACAAACACUUCUCCGACGUUGCGCCGGCCGGCUCGGUGGUCCUCCUGCAGCAACCCUCGCACCAGAUCGCUGCUCUGGUCGGCGAUAUCGUGGCGACGCGGUACAAGGUCCGUGGCGUCCGAGGCUGCUUCAUCGACGGCCGGGCACGGGAUGUCGUGGGAUGCGGUGAGCUCUGCAAGGACGGAAACUUUCAAUGCUGGGCGAAAUCACUGUCAAGUCCCGGCACGAGUCUCCAGGGAAGGCCGUGGGCGGUGGAUGUGCCGAUCAAGAUCGGAGACGUGGUGGUGGAGCCGGGAGACGUGUUGGUGGCCGACGAAGCGGAGAUGGUUUGCUGUGUGAUUCCCAGGGCAAAGUUGAAGGAGGUGAUGGAGCUGUUGCCCGUGCAUAAAGAGGCAGAUGAUGGAUUGUUGGACGAUGUCAGAGGUGGAAUGGGCUUCAAGGAGGCGAUCAAGAGGUGGCCGAAGCAUUAUAGUAAUCAUUGA